AUGCCUGGUAGCUUAGAGGGCCGAUAUAUCAGACUUGAAGUCAUCAGCGGACAAAAUCUUCAAGUCCCCUCCGAGCGCAUUCCCGCAGGGAUUUACAUAUCCAUCAAUGUCGACUCCCGGAGACGCUGUAAAUCGGCCGCGUGGGACGACACCGUGACUCUAUCAUCCCAUGCCUCACCUACAUUAUCAAUAGAGAUCUGGGCGUCCUAUGAGGUCGGUCGAAUGCUAGGCAGUGGAGAGGUCAUCGGGAAACUUCAGAUGUCGUCAGAUGAGCUACUCGAUCAUGGAGAUGAACCUUUCGUUUUGUCCUUCCCACCCGUUCGCGAUGUCCACCCUUCCCUCACGCUUAAGGCCGCCGUUGUACAUACUUGCGACAAUCAGGAUGGUGCAACCGUCUGAUUCCCUCGUAGAUUGCGAGAUCGCUCGAGACACAGAUGCGGGCCACGCACAAUUUGCCGCAUAUGUGACGAGCAAGACGGUCUCUCACCUGAACGAUGCAGUGCAGCAUUUUCAGUUGGUUCUAGACCAGUGUCCGGUCAGCCAUCCUGACCACGCAACAGCCCUCACCAACCUUGCGUAUGCGCGCCUUCAGGGGUAUAUUCGUAAGGAUCUUCAAGACAUUGAUACCACCACUUCCCUGUUCCGCGAAGCCCUUGCAUUGCGUCCGCAGCGCCAUCUCGAUCAUCCAUUAUCUCUAUAUAAUCUCACCGAAGCGCUGACUUGGCGCCACAACAAGAAAAGUACUGCUGCCGACAUCCGCGAAGCCGCCAAACUGUAUCAUGAGCUACUGCCUCUCUGUCCAGAGGGCACCUACCUUCGUAGCAUCGCGGCAGGGGCAAAUGGUGUCGAUUAUGUGAUCGUCACAUGCAACAAUCUUCCAGAAGAUGCAUCUGAUGAAGGCAUCCACCUUCGACGAGUUGUCCUCGAGCUCUGUCCUCUGGGCCAUCAACACCGUCCCAGAGCACUCUACAAGCUUUCACGAUCACUCUACGCGCGCUUUACACAAUGUGGCAGCAUCGAUGAUCUAGAUGAGAGCAUAAGACUCGGUCGUGAAGCCGUUUCUCUACUUUCCGAAGGACAUCCUGACUGUAGUGGUUACAUGAAUGACUUGGCCUUGCCACUCGUAUCCCGCUUCGAUCACCAAGGCAAACCUAAUGACCUCGAUGAGGCUAUCUCUUUGUACGAAGAAGUGCUGCGCAUGCGCCCUGUUGGGCACAAAUAUCGUGAUAUCCCAUUGGACAACCUAGGGCGCGCCCUCGUCCGCCGUUUCAACAGAUGCAAAGACAUUGAUGACAUCACCCGAGCUAUCAGCCUCUAUCGCGAGGCACUGACACUGCGCCCACCUGGGCAUCCACAUCGUGAUACCACGCUUAACAACCUUGGCCUCGCGCUCGUCACCAGAUACGACAAAUUGCAUGUCAUUGAGGAUCUCAACGAGGCUAUUGAUCGGUAUCGCGAAUCCCUUCGGGUAAGGCGGCAUGACCAUCCAGAGCGCCAUCUAAAUCUUUCCAAUUUGAGCGCGUCGCUCUGCUCUCGUUUCACGCAAACUCGGGAUAAUGAAGAUAUCGAGGAGGCCAUUAAUCUCUGCCGAGAGUCAUUGGCGGCUCUGUCUUCACUGCACCCGGACAGAUGGUUCAGCUACACAUGGCUGAAAGGGGCCUAUUUAGCUCGUUACCGGAUUCUACAUGACCCUGCUGAUUUAUCGCUCGCUAUUGAGAACUUUAGACUCGCAUCAAGGCACCCUACUCAGGGCUUUCCACGCCGCAUUAUAACAGCCCAGAACUGGGUCACCGCAGCAGAGCAACACAGUCAUAUAUCUGUACUGGAGGCCUACAAUACAUGUUUCGACCUUCUUGACGCCCAUUUGGCAACGCGAUUAUCAACUAUUUCACGACGUGAAGCUGCAACUGCCUUCAGUAGUGCCAGAUCACUGCCUGUAGAUGCAGCAUCAUGUGCCAUCCGCCGUGACAACCUACGACACGCAGUGGAACUCGUGGAGCACGGCCGUGGCCAGCAAUGGUCGCUGGCCUCUCGACUCAAGACUCCAGUUGAAGACCUCCAGUCAACAAAUCCAAAAUUGGCGCACAAUUAUUUGGACCUGAGCAGGCGCAUUUCUAAUGCCGCUCAGAGCUCUGCGACCAUCGCCGACAGUGCUGCUGCUGAUCGAGCAGAAAACCGAGCACAGGAGACUUACAAGGCAAUGGGAAGCUGCGACUUGCAAGCCGCAGCACGCCAGGGCCCUGCUAUCAUCCUCAUUGCCAGUCAAUAUUCGUGCAGCGCCAUCAUCGUCCCGACGUCAGGAGAGCCUCGUCAUGUUCCCUUGCCGUCUGUCACUCUCGUAGAUCUGAACAAUCUCAAGGAGCUAUGGAAUGAGAUUAUGCUACCUAUCGUCAACGUACUCGAGCAUGUCCUUAAGCUAAAGCGCGGCUCUCGAAUCUGGCUGUGUCCAACUGCAGCUUUCACGUCCAUUCCUCUCCAUGCAGCUCAUCCCUUUCAAACGAACGCAGAUCGCUCUAAGGAGCCAUGCCUGGAGGAUAUCUACAUCUGCUCUUACACGCCGACACUUUCCGCUCUGGUCAGAUCCAGACAGAUGAUGAAGAAGCGUGUCACUCCGUCCUUCGUUACAAUCGGACAGGGUCAACCGGGAGCAGGGAAAGGCAAGGCGCUCUUGUCUGUUGACAGUGAGCUCGAGCUGGUCCGUAAGCUCGUCCCUGCGACGGCCAACCGCACCACUAUUUCUGGUGACGCAGCCACACGAGUAGGUGCACUCAAAGCUUUAGAAGAGAACACCUGGGUGCACCUCGCUUGCCAUGGGAAGCAAGACCCUACGCAGCCUUACAAUUCCCACUUCGUCAUGAGAGAUGAGCAUCUGACGCUGCUCGAUAUCAUGGAGAAACAUAUUCCGCAUGCUGAGUUCGCAUUCUUAUCCGCGUGUCAUACCGCCGUCGGCGAUAAGGAGACGCCCGACGAAGUGAUUCACCUUGCAGCUGGUCUCCAGUUUUCGGGGUUCAAGAGCGUCAUUGGCACGCUGUGGGAGGUCGACGAUGCUGUCGCAAAACACGUUGUCAAAGCGUUCUACGAGGAAUUUGUUCGCUGAUAUGGAGGAUGGUGGUGUCAUGGACUGCACGAAGGCGGCCUGGGCGCUCAACCGUGCUACGCACACUGUGAAGACGAAAGUGCCGCUUGAGCAGAGGAUGGUUUUCGUUCAUAUCGGUGUGUAGU